AUGCCGCCGAAUAGUGUUGCGAAAGCUGCUCCUUCCCGCGGUCUCGCAGCCUUCGGCUUUACACCUGCCCCGAAAGAGGAGGUCGUAGCCGCAGCGGCCCGGGUAAAGCCUUCAGUUGUAUCACAACCCGCUGCCGUCCAAGUAACGCAGGUAGUGCAAGAAGAGCAGAAAGCGCAGGAAACGCAAGAAGCGUCGAAGUCAGAAUCUCGUCUCCCCACGCCUCCAGUCGUAUCACGACCCGCUGAAGACCAAGAAGCUCAAGUAGUGCAAGAAGCGCAAGAGACUCCAGAAGUGCAAGAGGCGGCGAAACCAAAACCUCGCCUUCCGAAGCCUGUUGUCAAAGGAGUAAAACGAGCCUCCUUUGAAGACUCCAGACAUCACUGGGAUGGGAUGUACCACAAAAUCAUUGGAACAUCGACACGAAGGAUCAUCUUUGGAAGAGCGUUCAAACUGGCAGAUAAUCACAUUGAAGACAUCCUCUUCAUGGGUCCUAAAGUCUGCGACACGCUGACAGAAAUCUAUUUCGAAUACUUGGAUACUGAUUACGACGCUCACAAUGCCUGCCUCGUGACAGACGAGGGUAUCAAACGCCUUGCUAGAGGCUGCAGAAACUUGAAGAAGAUAUCCCUACCCGGGGGUAGCGGUUCCAGCAUGGGUGACGAAGGUCUGAUUCACCUUCUUACCUUCUGUCGUGAUAUUACACAUCUGGAAUUCUCCGGGCGUGGUGUUACCGAAGCCGCUUUCCAACAAAUGGCCGCUAACUCAGAUCUGGCGCCGAACUUGAAGAAACUACGCCUGGAUGACCAGUCUUCGAACAAAAACUACAUGCGUGGCAUGCGAGAGUUUGGAAGGUCGCGACCGACGCUACCAAUCGAGCUGGUUCAUCGUUCGCAUUACAAGAAGUAUGAUUCGUGGUACAUGUCGACUAGUCAUACAACAUACAUCAAUGGUAGAAAGGUGUCUACUAGUAUCCCUGUCGACACAUGA